GCUGAGCAAGGGGUCCAUUCAACUUCCUUGGGCCCAACCCAAGUCGAACGUCCAGUUUCCUGCUGAUGGACGCGCCAGCCACAUCCUUGACGACGGGCUCCGCUCCAUCCUUUUGAGGCCUGCAACCCCCAAAACCGCGCGACAUCGCUUUCGUCCACAGCGACGGAACAAUCGGAACCCACGACAGCAUCAUCACGACACGACCCUCACGACCGCACGACCGCGCCCAGACCCUAGCACAACCGCGAACACGUUCCAGCCCGUCGGUCGCCCGACUCCAGCAGCGCAGAAUGGCCGGAGGCUCUCCUCCGCCGCCGGGGCACACGGAUUCCAUCAAUUCACACGAGGACGAGUCGAGGCAGGAGAAGAAGAAGAGCAAGAGGCCCGCCAACACGGCUUUUCGACAACAGCGGUUGAAGGCAUGGCAGCCUAUUCUCACCCCAAAGACGGUGCUGCCGCUCUUCUUUGCAAUCGGCGUCAUCUUCGCCCCGAUCGGCGGCGCCCUCUUCUACGCAAGCACAACCGUCCAAAUGAUCUCACUCGACUAUACAAAUUGUGCCAACGACGCGCCCCUCAGCAACACAACGCUUGCCGAUAUGGACGUCGGUCUCGUCAAGUCACAAUUUCGCUCGACGAGCCCCGUCAACGCCAAGUGGCGCAAGACGGAGCGCAACGUGACCUUUGAUGGUCAGGACGUUUUGACAACGACCUGCCACCUCCAGUUCGACAUCCCUGAGACCAUGGGCGCUUCGGUGCUCAUGUAUUACACCCUCACCAACUUUUACCAGAACCACCGUCGCUAUGUCAACAGCUUCAACGACAAACAACUCAAGGGGCAAAAGGCCGAUCUUGCUGCCAUCAAGGGGUCCACCUGCGCCCCUCUCGAUGUUAUCGGCGACAAGCCCAUCUACCCAUGCGGCCUCAUCGCCAACUCCAUGUUCAACGACACGAUCGGAGAACCCGUACUGCUCCAGGUGCCCCAUUCGACCGAGAGCAACCGCACCUUCUUCAUGACGGACAACAGCGAGAUCGCUUGGCCGUCCGACUCUGACCUCUACGGCAACUUUCCGGCAGAUAUGAAGUUCGACGAGGUCGUCCCGCCCCCCAACUGGAAGCUGCGGUAUCCCAAUGGUUACACCGAUUCGCGCCGGCCCCCGGAUCUGAAAACGUGGCAGGCCUUCCAGGUCUGGAUGAGGACGGCCGGUCUGCCCAACUUUAGCAAGCUGUAUCGUCGCAAUGACACCGAAGCGUUGAUCGCCGGGACCUACAGCGUUGCAAUCGACCACUACUGGCCUGCGGACAAGUUCGCCGGGACGAAGAGCCUACUUCUCACCACCAAAACCGUAAUUGGUGGAAAAAACCCGUUUCUGGGUAUUGCCUACAUUGUUGUUGGCGGAAUUUGCAUCAUCCUGGGUGUUAUUUUCACCGCGAGCCAUCUGAUUAAGCCAAGGAAACUUGGCGAUCACACCUAUCUCUCCUGGAACAACGCCCCGGCUGGCAAAAAGGGGGCCACUGGUGCGCCGCCGAGCACGGCGGUGUCCUCCGGGCGCGACUUUGGCGGAAGGGGUGAAGCAUAGGAUGCUGGAGAAGGCUCUUCGUCAUGGUCGCCAUCGCCGUUCCCCUCUCUAUCGCCCUCGUCCGUCACCAAGCCUACGAUAUCAGCCGCGACGGCCACGGCCACGCGCCACCGGCAACACCAACUCGCCACGGACACAUACGACAGUCGUCACUUGCCUCUCUCGUCCUCUAGGAUCUCUCGCUCUCCUCUCACUCCUUGCACGCCACCCAGGUCUCGCGUCCCCAGCGCCUCUGACGAUGCAACGACACUGGUAAACAGCGUCAACAGCCUUACCAGCAUUCCAAACAGCAGCACAUGUCGCACGCUGACCAAUUUCAACGGUGGUACUGGCGCCCGCGGCAGCCGCCAUCACCGGCUCGCCAGCGGCAGCAUCGUUAGCCAUAGCACGUUGAUUCUGGGGCCGACUCCUGGUACCCCUAGCAUUCAAGAGUCGCAGGCAGACUCGCCUGCUGGAGACGAAUGGUGUCUCAUAGCGCCGCAACGGAGCAGAGCAUGAAUCCAGUUCCGCAGGCUUCUUGGGCAAGUCUUCACGGUUUUGUUCCGGCCCUCGAGAGUUCAUUGUGGUUUCUUUAUGGUUAUUAUUCGUAUCGGAGCCUUGGUCGUGCAUAUUUUAUUCUAGGCCUUGUUGAAACAUCAGGAUGAUGUAGGGGUGGGAAUGGUAAGGCCUGACGCGGAGGUCAACUAACAGAACGAAAGCAUGAAAAAAACAACCAAACCCAAAAAAGAGUACCACGCUCUUCGACCUUGGAAAGCAGACAGCAACACGAAUUGGCGUUCGGGACUUUUGUUUUUGUUUCCUAUGGAUUUUGUUAAUCAGGGAGGGAGGGAGUUCGGCUCCAGUGGCAGUUUUUUCUUUUUUUUCUUUUUCUGAUUUGUAUGAGUACCAUCAUGCCGCUUAUUAUUCCCAUUAUACUUCCCGCGCUACCGUAGCCCAAGUUCCAAAUCCUCGCCAUGCAGCUUAGUCUGAUACGCAUACCGCGGCACGGCAUCAACUGCCAGGCUGGGCGGCCAAGCAGACUUCUUCCGGCC